CAAAAAUUUCAAUCGUUGAACUACCUGUCGCGACGUUUGCCAAGGCAUGCAGACGUUUAGUUUGUGUACAUCCAUAGAGUGAAGGCUGACCAUAAUGGGCCACCCUGUGGUUCCCAGCAGCUUGGAGGAUGAGCUCGACAUUGUUAUACCCACAAUUCGCAACCUGGAUUUCCUGGAGAUGUGGAGGCCAUUUUUCCAGAAAUACCACCUCAUAGUCAUCCAGGAUGGAGACCCCAACCGCGUUGUGCAAGUGCCCGACGGGUUCGACUAUGAGCUGUACACGCGGCGGGAUAUUGAGCGGAUUCUGGGAGAUAAGGCCUGGUGCAUAUCCUUCAAGGACUCGGCCUGCCGGUGCUUCGGCUACAUGGUGUCCAAGAAAAAGUAUAUCUACACAAUUGAUGAUGACUGCUUUGUGGCCAACACGCCCACUGGUGAGAGCAUAAAUGCUCUGGAGCAGCACGUCCGCAACCUGCUCACCCCCUCCACCCCUUUAUUCUUCAACACACUCUACGACCCCUUUGCAGAGGGUGCAGAUUUCGUGCGCGGCUACCCCUUCUCCUGGCGACAAGGGACUCCCACUGCUGUCUCCCAUGGGCUGUGGCUGAAUAUUCCUGACUACGAUGCGCCCACCCAGAUGGUAAAGCCUCAUGAGCGCAACACCUGCUAUGUGGACGCCGUGCUCACCAUACCCAAGGGGAGCCUGUUCCCCAUGUGCGGCAUGAACCUGGCCUUCAACCGGGACCUGAUCGGCCCGUCCAUGUACUUUGGCCUCAUGGGAGAUGGGCAGCCAUUGGGGCGCUAUGAUGACAUGUGGGCUGGCUGGUGCUCUAAGGUCAUAUGCGACCACCUGCUGCUGGGAGUGAAGACAGGCAAGCCCUACAUCUGGCACUCCAAGGCAUCCAACCCCUUUGUGAACCUGAAGAAGGAGUACAAGGGCAUCUUCUGGCAAGAAGACAUCAUCCCCUUCUUCCAGGAGGUCACCCUGUCCAAAGAGGCCACCACGCCAGAGGCUUGCUACUUGGAACUCGCCGAAAAGGUGGCGGAGAAGUUGGGGCCCCUGGAUCCUUACUUCACCAAACUGGCAAAGGCCAUGGUGGUCUGGAUUGAGGCAUGGCGGGAACUCAACCCAAAGAAGGCGUCAGAGGAGCUUAGCAAAGCUGGUGUUGCCAAGGAGAAUGGUGUAGCAAAGGCAUCUGUCACACUGCCCAAUGGUGCAGUCAAGGCAUGAGUAGAGUGCCUCAUAUGAGUGUUAGUGGACUUCUUUGUACCACAUCUUUCUGUGUGGGCCUUAAGAGAGGUCCCUUGCAUUGUAUUUGUUUUGUAGAGUGUCAAGAUUGGCCCUAGAAAACCUGCAGAUCCUGAACUCUGGACUUCUUGAACUUGAGCCGGUUGAACCUGGGUGAAAUUUUAUAGCUGGAGUGAUAAACAUGCCAUCUCUGAGAAUAAAUGCAUAUACAUGUGGGCUCUGGAAUUGCAGUUUAAAGUCCUGCCUGAUUAGCCUGCAGCAGGGUUGGGCAAUAAAGCAGUGGGUUGGUUGGUUUGAGAUCUAAAAAUGCAGCAGAGCU